AUGGGGAGAAGUGGUAUUCCUCAAUCCCACUUCUAUAGGGUGUAUAUUGCAAGUGAGAAGUGGCUUAGUGAGCAGAUUUUUGGAGACACUGAGGCCAGUUUGAUUUGUUUUGUUGGUGCAUUAAAGGCUUUGAUAUUGUGGUUUCUAGAAUUUUGUGAAGCUAUAUCUGUUGGCCCUCACAAUCCUAAGGGAAUAGUUCGUUUUCUUGACAUGUACCAAGUUCUGGCAGAUCUAAUACCAGACCUAGAUACCUUGUAUUCAGGUGAGGUUGGUUCUUCAGUUAGAAUCAAGAGUAACGUGGUUCUAAACAAAUUAGGCGCUUGUGUGGGGUCAAUAUUUCUUGCAUUUAAAAAUGCCAUUGCAUCAAAUCCAUCUCGAUCUCCUUUCCCAAGUGGUGGAAUUCAUCCCUUAACCUAUUAUGUCAUGAACUAUAUUAGUUAUUUCUUGGACUACAAUAGCACCCUUAAUAUACUGAAUGGUGAAGAGGAAUUAGAGUAUGAUAUUUCACUGUACCACUCAAUGAGCCAUGACACAUCACAAGUUAGUGACAUCCUGGGAUCUUCCCACAAUAGUGUUUCCUCAGUCACAAUUCAUUUUCGAUCAGUCACUUCAAUCUUGGAAUUAAAGCUUGAGAAAAAGUCCAAGUUACAUAAGGAAGCUGCUUGUCAACACCUGUUCUUAAUCACCAAUAUGCAUUAUAUGGCUCAAAGGGUUCAAGAAUCUCAAUUGAAGCAUAUUUUUGGAGAUGAAUGGAUUCAAAAGCACGUCUACAAGUACCAACAGCAUGCAUGGAACUACGAGCAAGCUAGUUGGAGUUCAGUUUUCUCUUUGCUUAAGGAUGAGAGAAUUCAAUUAUCUAUGUUGCCUAAUCUUCUCAAGACGAGAUUGCGGAACUUCUACAUUGUCUUUGAAGAUAUUUACAAGAUCCAAACUGCUUGGGUGAUCCCAGAUCAUUUACUGCGUGAGGGCACAGAUCUUUAUAUCCCAAAAGCUAAUUCAUGCUUAUUAGGCAUUCUUAAGGAAGUAUUAUAA